UCUAACUUCAUGAGGGGCUGGAAAGACCAGCCGGGACCGCGCAUCAGAAUGCAGCGAGCACUGCUCGUGAAAGUGGUGACUGUAUUAACUUUUUGGUUUCUUCAGUGUAAUUGUCAAGAUACAGGGUGUGAGACAGGCCAGUUCCGCUGCGGGACAGGCAGGUGCAUCCCUGCAGGCUGGCACUGUGACGGCACCGCAGACUGCGCAGAUGAUUCAGACGAGAGCGGCUGCCCCCAAUUGACUUGCGAAGCGAAUCAGUUCCAGUGUCUCAGUGAUGGCGAGUGCAUUACACAGCACUGGGUGUGUGAUGAUGAGGAAGACUGUGAAGAUGGUUCAGAUGAGAGACAGCAUUGCCCUGGCCGGACCUGUUCCAGUAUACAGUUCAGCUGCACAAAUGGAGCCUGCAUCCCAGGGGAGUACAGGUGUGACCAUGUACCUGACUGUUCAGACGGAGCAGAUGAGAGAAACUGCCACUACCCAGAGUGCUCAGAGUUGAAGUGUGCUAGCGGGGCGUGUUAUAACAGGAGCCAACACUGUGACCAGGUGCUCGAUUGCCGAGACGGCUCCGAUGAAACCAACUGCACCAAGCGAUGCUCUAGUGGCCAGUUCCAGUGCGGUAAUGGAGAGUGUGUUCCGCGUGGUUAUGUCUGUGACCAUGACGAUGACUGCGGAGACAUGAGUGAUGAGCAGAACUGCACUUACCCUACAUGUAGAGGGAAUUACUUUACCUGCCCCAGUGGUCGCUGUAUAUACCAACUCUGGUUGUGUGAUGGAGAGGACGACUGUGGUGACAAUGCUGAUGAAAGAGGAUGUGAUAAUGUCCAGCAUGAGUGUUACUCCAGCGACUGGCCAUGCCCGUCAUCUGGUGUUUGCAUCCGCAUGGAGCAGCUCUGUGAUGGAACACCCCACUGUCCUGAUGGAGAAGAUGAGACAAAUUCUACUGCUGGACGCAACUGCAGUAUCUGGCGCUGUGCAUCUCUGAGCUGUGAACAUCGCUGUGAGGCCUCGCCAGAGGGUGGUACCUGCUCUUGUCUGCCUGGCUACGUGGUCAGCAGCAACAACAGUCGCUCCUGUAUUGACUACAACGACUGUCAGGUGUGGGGUGUGUGUGACCAGCUGUGUGAGGAUCGGAUAGGUAGCCAUCACUGCAGUUGUCACGAAGGCUAUGUGCUGGAGCAGCAGAGGUACUGCAGAGCCAACGCAUCCUCUGGAGCAGCAUCUUUGCUCUUUUCAAAUGGAAGAGACUUGUUGGCUGCAGACAUUCAUGGCCAGAGCUAUCGCACCCUGAUUCACUCUCAGAACAGAGGAGUGGCUGUGGGAGUGGACUUCCACUACCAACUGCAGCGGGUCUUCUGGACUGACACUAUUCAAAACAAGGUGUUUUCGGUAGACAUGGAUGGGUCACAUUUACAGGUGAUCCUAAAUGUAUCAGUCGACUAUCCUGUGAACCUGGCUGUGGACUGGAUCAACAAUAAACUUUAUGUGGUGGAGGGCAGUGUCAAUCGAAUUGACAUGGUGGACCUUGAUGGGAACAAUCGUAUCACACUCAUUGCAGAGAACCUGGGAAACCCAAGGGGACUGGCCCUCGACCCAACUGUCGGGUAUCUUUUCUUUUCUGAUUGGGACCCUCUGAAUGGGGAACCUGGUCUGGAGAGGGCCUACAUGGAUGGCACCAACCGCUAUGGUAUUAUCAGGUCCAAACUGGGCUGGCCUGCUGGGAUCACACUGGACAUUGUGACUAAAAGGGUGUACUGGGUGGACAGUCGCUAUGACUACAUAGAAACCACCACUUAUGAUGGCCUGCACAGGAAAACAGUUGUGCAUGGAGGUUCGGUGAUCCCUCACCCUUUUGGCAUCAGUCUGUUUGAACAUACUGUCUACUACACUGACUGGACCAAGAUGGCUGUCAUGAAAGUUAGCAAAUUCAGUGGAGGCAGCCCGCAAGUGCUCUAUUCAACCUCUCAGACUCCAUAUGGUGUGGCUGUGGUUCAUGCCUACAGGCAGCCCUACGUAAGUAACCCAUGUGGGACAAACAAAGGAGGCUGUGAACAGAUCUGUGUGCUGAGUCACAGGACUGAUAAUGAUGGUCUGGGAUACCGUUGCCGGUGCCGCCUGGGUUACGACCUGCACGCCGAUGGCAGAAGAUGUGUGGCUGUGAGGCAAUAUUUGCUGUUCUCCAGUCAGCUGGCAGUGAGAGGCAUCCCUUUUAACCUCUCCUCUCAGGAAGACAUCAUACUCCCCAUCACUGGCACACCAUCCUACUUUGUAGGAGUGGACUUCAGUGCAGAGGAUAAUUCGAUCUUUUUCUCAGACACUGCCAAGGACAUUAUCUACAAACAGAAAGUGGAUGGGACCGAGAGGGAGGUACUUGCAGCCAAUCGGGUAGAUGGUGUGGAGGACCUGGCUUAUGACUGGAUAUCAAAAAACCUGUACUGGACUGACCCACGCUACAGGAGUAUAUCAGUCAUGAAAGUAACGGACAAGUCAAGAAGAGCCAUUGUGCGCAACCUGAACAACCCAAGAUCUAUAGUGGUACAUCCAAUUGUCGGUUUUAUUUUCUGGACUGACUGGUACCGUCCAGCGAAGAUUAUGAGGUCCUGGUGUGAUGGGUCACAUGCCCAGUCAAUUGUAAACACCACUCUUGGCUGGCCUAAUGGUCUCGCCAUUGACUGGAGUUCAAUGCGUUUGUACUGGGUGGAUGCUUUCUUUGAUAAAAUUGAGCACAGUAAUUUUGACGGUCAGAACAGAUUGUCAUUGGAUCGUAUCACACAAAUGUCCCAUCCAUUUGGACUUACUAUUUUUGGAGGUUACGCAUACUUCACUGACUGGCGUCUAGGGGGGAUUGUCCGUGUUCGCAAAACGGAUGGGGGAGAGAUGAUGAUUAUCCGACGGGGGAUCAGUCACAUUAUGCAUGUCAAAUCUUUCAACGCUGACUUGCAGACUGGUUCAAACUUCUGCAACAGGCCUUCGAACCCUAAUGGGGACUGCAGUCACUUCUGUUUCCCAGCCCCUUACUCCCAGCGCAUGUGUGGCUGCCCUUACGGAAUGAAGCUGUCACCCAACCAGCAGACAUGUCUCGAGGAUCCGUCCAACGAACCACCUACGCUGCAGUGUGGCUCCAACUCAUUCUCCUGCUCAAAUGGGAGAUGUGUCCCUCAGAGCUAUCGGUGUGACGGCGUUGAUGACUGCCACGACAACAGCGAUGAGGCCAGCUGUGGAGCUAACAACAACACCUGCUCCUCCAGUGCUUUCACCUGUUCCAACCAGCACUGUGUUCCUAGGAGCUGGCACUGCGAUGGCUACCGCGACUGUUUUGAUGGCAGUGAUGAGAGAGAGUGUCCUACGCAGGUUCCUGGCACAUGUCAGGCUGACCAGUUCAGCUGCGCCAACCACCGCUGCGUCCCGCGCACCUGGCUCUGUGACACCGAUAACGACUGCGGCGAUGGAUCUGACGAACUCAAUUGCGAUGCUAUAGGGACAUGCCACCCGGGUCAGUUUCAGUGCCCUGACCACCGCUGUAUUGACCCAGCCUAUGUUUGUGACGGAGACAGAGACUGCGUGGACGGGGCUGAUGAACAGGGCUGUGUAUACAACUGCACUGGCUAUGAGUUCAAGUGCGCCAAUGGACACCAGUGUGUGAACGCCUUCUACCGCUGUGAUGGGGUUUUCGAUUGCAACGAUCAUUCGGAUGAGUCUGAUUGUCCAACCAGGCCACCGGGCAUGUGCCACCACGAGAGCGAGUUCCAGUGCCAGUCCGAUGGCAGCUGCGUGCCAGCCGCCUGGGAGUGCGACGGCCACCCGGACUGCGAGGACGGAUCUGACGAACACCGUGUUUGCCCCCCACGCACCUGCCCCACCUCGCUCUUCCGCUGCGACAAUGGCAACUGCGUCUUCCGCAGCUGGCUCUGCGACGGUGACAACGACUGCCGGGAUGGCAGUGAUGAGCGCGACUGCCCCAUCCCACCGUUCCGCUGCCCUAGCUGGCAGUGGCAGUGUGCGGGCCACAGCGUGUGCGUCAACCUGAGCAGAGUGUGCGACAAUACGCCCGACUGCCCGAAUGAAGCAGACGAGUCCCCCCUCUGCAAUGAGCCUUUACCAGAUCAGGAGAGUUGUUCUGACCACAACGCAGGCUGCACUCAUGGAUGUAUCCAGGGUCCAUUUGGGGCUCAGUGCACAUGUCCAGUUGGCUACCAGCUGAGUAACGACUCAAAGACGUGUGAGGACAUAGAUGAGUGUACCCCUCCUGGCCUGUGCAGCCAGCAUUGCUUCAACGAGCGAGGUUCAUUUCGUUGCCACUGUGAGGAUGGAUACAUGCUUGAGGCAGAUGGACGAACGUGCAAAGCCUCAGGAUCUCGAGAGGCCAUUCUGCUGGUGGCCAGUCGUAAUCAGAUUAUAUCUGAUGACAUCUUCUCGCAGCCGAACGUGGUGCGCUCCAUUGUCAGAGAUGGCCGCAAUAUUGUGGCAGUCGAUUUUGACUCUGCGACCGACCGUGUGUACUGGUCAGACACCACCCAGGACCAAAUAUGGAGUGCACACAAGAAUGGCAGUGACAGGACUGUGAUCUUUGACAGCGGUGUGACAGUCACAGAAAGUCUUGCAGUUGACUGGGUAGGAAGAAACCUCUACUGGACAGACUACAUCUUGGAGACCAUAGAAGUGGCCAGGCUGGAUGGCUCCCAUAGGACAGUGCUCAUCAGUGUCAAUGUCACCAACCCCAGAGGUCUUGUGCUCGACCCCAGGAAUGGUGUUCAUCUCAUGUUUUGGACGGACUGGGGGAGAAACCCUCGCAUUGAGAGAGCUAGCAUGGAUGGAAAGCUGAGGACCCCCAUCAUCAGCAACAAGCUCUACUGGCCAAAUGGCCUGACCAUAGACUAUCCAAACAGCCUUCUCUACUUCGCUGAUGCUUACCUGGAUUUCAUUGACUAUUGUGAUUACAAUGGGAACAACCGGAAACAAGUUCUGGCCAGUGAUCUGGUACUGCAACACCCCCACGCAAUUACCAUUUUUGAGGAUUUUGUGUAUUGGACCGACAGAUACGUCAACCGCGUGAUCCGGGCCAACAAGUGGCACGGAGAGAACCAGACGGUGAUGCUGUAUAACCUGCCCCAGCCCAUGGGCCUGGUGGCAAUGCAUCCAGCCAGGCAGCCGGCAGGUGACAACCCAUGUGCAGUUAGCCCCUGCACCCACAUCUGCCUGCUGUCUGCGUCUGGCCCCAGGUUUUAUUCCUGUGCCUGUCCCUCAGGCUGGAUACUGGCAGCUGACCAGCUCACCUGUGUUAGAGUGGAUGAUCCCUUCCUGGUGGUUGUUAGGGACAGCAUCAUUUAUGGUAUCUCCCUCAACCCUGAUGAUAAGGGCAAUGAUGCCAUGGUACCUGUUGCUGGGCUGCAAAAUGGAUACGACGUGGACUUUGAUGAUGCUGAGCAGAUGAUCUACUGGGUUGAACAUCCUGGAGAGAUCCACAGGGUCAAGUCAGAUGGCACUAACAGGACUGAAUUUGCCCCAGCGGCCAUCUUGGGAUCUCCAGUGGGAUUGGCUCUUGACUGGAUGACUCAAAAUCUAUACUACACCAACCCAUCCUCACAGUCCAUAGAGGUACUGAGGCUGAAAGGAGACAUGCAGUACAGGAGGACUCUUAUCACCAACAAUGGUACUACAACUGGUGUGGGCACCCCCAUUGGCAUAGCAGUGGACCCAGCGCGUGGGAAGAUGUACUGGACAGACCAAGGUACAGAGAGUGGCAUUCCAGCCAAGGUAGCAUGUGCAGACAUGGACGGCUCAAACUCAGUCACUCUUUUCACCAAUAACCUGGAGCAUGUGGAGUUUAUCACAAUAGACAUAGAAGAGAACAAACUCUACUGGGCUGUCACCGGGACCGGACUGAUUGAGAAAGGGGAUGUAGACGGGACGAACCGCAUCACCGUGGUUUCUGGCUUGUCCCGCCCCUGGGGCGUGGCUGUGCACGGACCGUACCUCUACUUCACUGACAGGGACUUUGAGGUGAUUGAACGCGUGGACAAAGCCUCAGGAUCCAACAAAAUUGUGUUGCGCGACAACAUGGCUGGUCUGAGAGUACUGAAAGUGCACUACAGAGAGACUUCUGCAGGCACUUCUAAUGGCUGCAGUAAUAAUGUAGGCACGUGUGAGCAGCUGUGUUUGCCUCGUCCUGGAGGUUUCUUCUCCUGUGCCUGUGCUACAGGCUUCAGACUCAGCGCUAAUAACAGGAGCUGUGCUCCCUACCAGUCCUUUGUGGUCAUCUCCAUGCUCACUGCCAUCAAGGGCUUCAGUCUGGAGGGAGCUGACCAUUCUGAGGCAAUGGUUCCAGUGGCAGGGAGAGGCCGAAAUGCUUUGCAUGUGGAUGUGCACAUGCCUUCUGGAUUCCUGUACUGGUGUGACUUCAGCAGUACUGUUGCUUCUCAGAAUGGAAUCCGCCGGAUCAAGCCAGACGGAUCAGGGUUCCGUAACAUUGUCACCUCUGGGAUUGGACGCAAUGGGAUCCGAGGCAUCGCUGUGGACUGGGCUGCAGGAAACCUAUACUUCACAAAUGCCUUUUUGACAGAGACAUUCAUUGAAGUCAUUCGCCUUAACACCAGUUUCCGACGUGUCCUCCUGAAGACCCAGGUGGAUAUGCCUCGACACAUUGUAGUGGACCCCAAAAACAGAUACCUGUUCUGGGCUGACUAUGGGCAGAACCCCAAAAUUGAGCAGGCUCACCUAGAUGGUACAAACCGGACUGCACUGGUCUCCUCUGGUAUCAUCACACCCAGAGGACUGGCUCUGGACCACCAGAAUGGAUACAUUUAUUGGGUGGAUGACUCACUGGACAUGAUUGCCCGAGUCCGGCCCAAUGGAGGCGAAACUGAAAUUGUACGCUUUGGGAGCCGCUACCCCACCCCAUAUGGCAUCACAGUGUUUGAGAAUAAGAUCAUCUGGGUUGACAGGAACUUGAAAAAGGUCUUCCAGGUCAGUAAAGAGCCAGGAAAUACUGACCAGCCAAUAGUGAUCAGGGACAACAUCAACAUGCUACGAGACGUUACCAUCUUUGACCAGAGGAUGCAGUCCAUGUCAUCCCAGGAACUGAAUAACAACCCCUGCUUGAUGUCCAAUGGAGGCUGUGCUCAUUUCUGCUUUGCUCUGCCAGGAACUCAGACUAGAAAGUGUGCCUGUGCCUUUGGGAACCUGGCUGUGGAUGGCACAAGCUGUGUGGUGUCCCGAGAUGAUUAUCUCAUAUACACAACAGAGAGCACGGUGCGCUCACUACGGCUGGACCCCGAAGACCACUCGCUGCCCUUCCCAGUGGUCAACGUGGCCCCCACAUCUGUUGCUCUGGAUUACGACAAGAUGGACUAUAGGCUCUACUUCACCCAGAGCUCUGGAGCAGGACAGAGCAAGAUCAGUUACAUUAGCUUGUCAUCUCCCACCUCACCUGCUACCAUAGUAGCUUCAGAUCUAGGUGCCCCUGAUGGUAUUGCCUACGAUUGGAUCAAUAAGAGGAUCUAUUACAGUGACUAUGUUAACCAGACCAUCAAUUCCAUGGCUGUGGAUGGGUCUCAGAGGACUCUUAUAGCUCAGGUGCCCAGACCACGAGCCAUCAUGGUGGACCCAUGCCGAGGGUACAUGUACUGGACUGACUGGGGCACCAAUGCUAAGAUUGAACGAGCAACUCUGGGUGGAAACUUCCGGAAUGAUAUAGUUAACAGCAGUUUGGUUUGGCCCAAUGGGCUUACCCUAGACUAUGAUGACGAAAGACUCUACUGGGCAGAUGCCAGCCUACAGAAAAUUGAGCGUUGUUCACUUACUGGGUCCAACCGUGAGGUCAUCGUUGGCACAGCCAUCUACCCAUUUGCCAUGACUGUGUAUGGACAGCAUAUCUUCUGGACAGACUGGAACACACGCAGCAUCUACAGAGCCAACAAGCACGAUGGCUCGGACCAGAGGGUUAUGCUCCAGAACCUUCCGUCCCGGCCCAUGGACAUCCAUGUGCUGUCUAACAGUAAACAGCAACAAUGUAGCAGCCCCUGCCUGCAGUUCAACGGAGGCUGUAGCCACAUCUGCACUCCAGGUCCUCAUGGGGCAGAGUGCCGGUGUCCAUCUGAGGGCCGUUGGUACCUGGCUGAUGACAAAUAUUGUAUCCAUGACAACGGCACGCGCUGUCUUCCUGGCCAGUUCACCUGCAUGAACGGUCGCUGCAUCCGUGCCCAGUGGAAAUGUGAUAAUGACAACGACUGUGGAGACGACAGUGACGAGUUGGAGAGAGUCUGUGGAUCCAACAGUGAUUUCGCUUUUGCCUUUCACACGUGUGAGCCCACUAUGUUCACAUGUGGAAAUGGCCGGUGUGUGCCAUACCACUACCGCUGUGACCACUACAAUGACUGCAGCGAUAACAGUGAUGAAGCAGGCUGCCUGUUUCGUCCCUGUGAUCCGGACACGGAGUUUGCCUGCAACAACGGACGCUGCAUCGCGCGGGAGUAUGUGUGCAAUGGCAUUAAUAAUUGCUUCGACAACGGAACUUCUGAUGAGCGGAGCUGUGCUGAGAGGACCUGUCAGCCUGAACACACUAAAUGUCAUACCACUAACAUCUGUAUCCCACGCUCUUACUUGUGUGAUGGGGAUAAUGACUGUGGAGAUAUGAGUGAUGAGAGCCCCACACACUGUGCCACGUCCACAUGUACCCAGAGUGAGUUCCGCUGCUCCAGUGGGCGCUGCAUUCCAGCACACUGGUACUGUGAUGGGGGAACUGACUGUGUAGAUGGUUCAGAUGAACCCUCCACCUGCACCACCUUGGUGAGGACCUGCAGCUCAGACCAGUUCCGCUGCGAUGAUGGCAGGUGCAUUGCAUCCUCCUGGAUCUGCGACGGAGACAAUGACUGCGGUGACAUGAGUGAUGAGGACCAGAGGCACAACUGUGCUAACCGAAGCUGCUCUCCUCUGGAGUUCACCUGUGUGAAUAACCGACCCCCACAGAGGAGGUGCAUCCCCCGCGACUGGGUGUGCGAUGGAGAUGCAGACUGUGCAGACGCCUACGACGAGCACCAGAACUGCACGCGGCGGUCCUGCUCGGCCAGCGAGUUCUCCUGCAGCAACGGCCUGUGCAUCCGCAGCUCCUACAGGUGUGACCGACGUAACGACUGUGGAGACAGCAGUGAUGAGCAGGGCUGCACCUAUCAGCCGUGUCAGCAGUACCAGUUUACAUGUCAGAACGGUCGCUGCGUCUCGCGGGACUUCCUGUGCGACGGUGACAAUGACUGUGGCGACGAGUCCGACGAGCUGGAGCACCUGUGCCAGACGCCGGUCCCUACGUGCCCUCCUGGGAACUUCCAGUGCGACAAUGGGAACUGUGUGCCGACCAGCCAGGUGUGCGACCACAGCGACGACUGCAUUGACAACAGCGAUGAGAAAGGGUGUGGCAUCAACGAAUGCACGGAUCCCUCCAUGCAACACUGUGACCACGAGUGCACUGACACCCCCACCAGCUUCAUCUGCUCCUGCCACCAAGGCUACCGCCUCAUGUCAGACAGGAAAAGCUGCGACGACGUGGACGAGUGCUCGGACACGCCCAGCGUGUGCAGCCAGGUGUGCGAGAACACGGUGGGCUCGUAUAUGUGCAAGUGUGCGCCGGGCUUCCUGCGCGAGCCCGACGGCCGCAGCUGCCGGCAGAACAGCAACAUCAGGCCGUACUUGAUCUUCAGCAACCGCUACUACCUGCGAAACCUGUCAGCGGAUGGGGAGGCGUACUCACUCAUUCUGCAGGGCCUCAGCAGCGUGGUGGCCGUGGACUUUGACCGGGUCAGCAAGCAUCUGUACUGGAUCGACGUGAGCCGCCAGGUGGUGGAGAGGAUGCUCUUCAAUGGCACGGGCCGAGAGGUGGUGGUGAAUGGCGUGCCGCACGGCGAGGGCCUGGCCGUGGACUGGGUGGGCCGGAAACUUUACUGGGUGGACAGCUUGCAGGACUGCUUGAAAGUGUCUGAGCUUGACGGGCGCUUUGUUAGGAAGCUGGCAGACCACUGUGUGGAUGCUAAUAACAGCUACUGCUUUGAGAAUCCAAGAGCCAUCGUCGUACAUCCAAAGUUCGGAUAUGUGUACUGGACUGACUGGGGAGAUAAAGCUUUUAUUGGUCGUGUCGGAAUGGACGGUAACAACAAGUCUGCCAUAAUAACCACUAAGAUUGAGUGGCCCAAUGGCCUUACCAUUGAUUACACCAACGAUAUGCUCUACUGGGCCGACGCUCACCUCAACUACAUUGAGUACUCGGACCUAGAGGGCCAUCACCGUCAUACUGUGUAUGAUGGGGUGCUUCCUCAUCCGUUUGCCCUAACUGUGUUUGAAGACACAGUGUACUGGACAGACUGGAACACCCGCACGGUAGAGAAAGGCAAUAAGUUCGAUGGCUCUGGGCGCCAAGCUCUUAUCAAUACCACCCACAGACCCUUCGACAUCCAUGUGUGUCACCCCUACCGCCAGCCCAUAGUAACCAAUCCCUGCGGACUGAAUAAUGGGGGCUGCUCUCACCUAUGUCUACUGAAAGCUGGUGGGCGAGGCUACACCUGUGAGUGCCCUGAUCACUUCCUGACUGUGCAGAUAGGGGGUUUGGCUCGCUGCUUACCUAUGUGCUCCAGCACACAGUACAGAUGUGCAGACAAUGAACGCUGUAUCCCUAUAUGGUGGAAGUGUGAUGGCCAGCGCGAUUGCAGGGACGGUUCUGAUGAGCCUUCCACGUGUCCUGCACGACACUGCCGACUCGGCCAGUUCCAGUGUGAUGACGGCAACUGCACCAGUCCUCAUUUCCUGUGUAACUCUCACCACGACUGCCCUGACGGCUCUGACGAGGACACUGUUUUGUGUGCCACCCACCAGUGUGAGUCACACCAGUGGCAAUGCGCUAAUAAGCGUUGCAUCCCGGAGGCGUGGCAGUGUGAUGGAGAGAACGACUGCGGAGACGCCUCGGACGAGGAGGCCUCGCACUGCUCCAGCAGGACGUGCCGGCCCGGCCAGUUCAAGUGCCGGAACGGCCGCUGCAUCCCUCAGAGCUGGAAGUGCGAUGUGGAUGACGACUGUGGAGACAGCUCAGACGAACCUGUCGAUGAGUGCAUGGGCCCAGCAUAUCGAUGUGAUAACCACACCGAGUUUGACUGCGUGACAAACUAUCGCUGCAUUCCUCGGUGGGCUGUGUGCAACGGACACAACGACUGCAGAGACAACAGUGAUGAGCAGAGCUGUGAGGAGCUGACCUGUGACCCAGCUGGAGAUUUCCGCUGUGAGAACCACCACUGCAUCCCUCUGCGCUGGAAAUGUGACGGAGACAACGACUGUGGUGACGGAUCUGACGAACGCAACUGCAGCCCGCGAGCAUGCACAGAAAGCGAGUAUCGCUGUGACAACCUUCGCUGCAUUCCUGACCGCUGGUUGUGUGACCAUGACAACGACUGUGAGGAUAACUCUGAUGAAAGGGAUUGUGAGUUGCGCACCUGCCACCCUGGAUACUUCCAAUGUGACAGCGGUCACUGCAUCGCUGAGCGUUUCAAAUGCGAUGGCAAUGCCGACUGCUUGGACUUCACCGAUGAGAUGUCCUGCCCGACCCGGUACCCGAAUGGCACAUACUGCCCUCCCUUCCUGUUCGAGUGUAAGAAUCAUGUGUGUGUCCAGCAGCACUGGAGAUGCGAUGGAGACGAUGACUGUGGGGAUGGGUCAGAUGAAGAGCUGCAUCUCUGCUUGGACAUCCCUUGCGAUCCUCCUUUUCGGUUCCGUUGUGACAACAACCGCUGCAUAUAUAGCCAUGAGCUCUGCAACUCCGUGGACGACUGCGGAGAUGGAACGGAUGAAAGACAGGAGUACUGCGUGACUCCCACUCAUGGGCCUUGCUCUCCUGAUGAGUUUAAGUGUGGGAAUCGCCAGUGCAUCCCUCUGCAGUAUGCCUGUGAUGAUUAUGACGACUGUGGAGACCAGACCGAUGAGCUGGGCUGCAACAGCGGCAGUGGGCGUUCUUGCAGUGAAAACCUGUGUGAACAUAACUGCACAGAGCUGGCUGGGGGCGGCUUCAUCUGCUCCUGCAGGCAGGGCUACAAAGCCAGUGAUGAGAACAGGAACUCCUGUGACGACGUGGACGAGUGUGAGAUCUAUGGGACUUGUCCUCAGCUGUGCAGGAACACUAAGGGCAGCUACGAGUGUCUGUGCGCUGAUGGCUUCCGCUCCGUCGGACUGCAGCGUGGGCUAGAAUGUGCCGCAGAAGGCAAUCCACCGGUGCUGUUACUGCCCGAUAACGUGCGAAUCCGUCGCUAUGACCUGUCAUCUGAGCUGUACUCAGACUACGUGGACCAUGCUGAGCAUAUACAGGCUCUGGACUACCUGUGGGACCCGGAGGGCCAGGCACUCAGCAUUGUGUACUGGACAGUUUUGGGUCGUGGUGGUCAGUUUGGCUCCAUAAAAAGAGCAUAUAUGACCACAUUUGAAGACCAUGGGAACAACCCAGUGAAAGAGAUGGAUCUCAACAUUAGAUACAUCUCCUCCCCUGAUGGCAUUGCUGUGGACUGGGUUGGACGACACAUUUAUUGGACAGAUGCUGGCACCAAUCGUAUUGAAGUGGCCAAAGUGGAUGGGCGGUACAGAAAGUGGCUUAUCCAUUCUGAUCUAGACCAGCCAGCCGCAAUAGUCGUCAAUCCAAGUCUUGGUGUGAUGUACUGGACCGACUGGGGCAGGAACCCUAAGAUUGAGGCAGCGUGGAUGGAUGGCCAACACAGACAAGUGCUGCUGGAUGAGGAUCUGGGCUGGCCUACAGGACUGUCUGUAGACUAUCUCAAUGGCAACAGGAUUUACUGGUGUGACUCCAAAGAGAACAUUAUUGAAUCGAUGAAGACAGAUGGAACAGACAGGAAGAUCAUAAUGUCUGGAGAUAUUGGGAACCCCUACAGUCUGGACAUCUUUGAGGGCCAUGUGUACUGGACAUCAAAGGCCAAGGGUGAGGUGUGGAAGACUGACAAGUUUGGGAAGGGGGAUAAAGUGAAGGUAUUGACCAUAAAUCCCUGGCUAACACAAGUCCGUAUCUAUCAGGAGCACAGAUACAACAACUCGGUGGUGAACCCCUGUAAGGAUGUGUGCAGUCACCUUUGUCUGCUACGGCCUGGUGGAUACACCUGUGCCUGUCCACAGGGCUCCUCGAUGCUCAGCUUCAACCAGAAUGAAUGUGAUGCAGCCAUAGAGACAGAGGUAAACAUGCCGCUGGCGUGCCGGUGCAUGAACCGGGGAACAUGCUACACUGAUGAUGCGGGCCUGCCCAAGUGCAAGUGUCCUUAUGGCUAUUCUGGAAGCUACUGUGAGAUGGGCAAGUCCAGAGGUGCCCCUGCUGGAACAGCUGUAGCUGUGCUGUUGGCAGUAAUUAUUAUUCUGUUAAGUGGAGCUCUAGCUGUUGGGCUUUUCCUCAACUAUAAACGCACUGGAUCUCUUAUCCCUGCAAUGCCCAAGCUUCCCAGCCUCAGCAGCCUGGUUAAGUCAGGAGACACAGGAAAUGGUGUCUCCUUCCGCUCGGGGGACAAUGUUACCAUGGACCUGGAGCCCCAGACUCUGAGAGUGUCAGUCAUUGACAGAGCCAUGCAGAUGGAUGAGAACUUUGCAAAUUUGGAAAGGCAACCAGUUACUUUUGAGAACCCUCUCUAUUCGACAGCUACAGGCAUGUCAGGUGAUUCUGCAGUCAUACAUGCCACACAGGUGACUGUAAAUGUAAGUGGAGACCAGGCAAAAGACAACUUUGAGAAUCCUGUGUACCAUGCACAGCAGCAAGGACUGGAGGUGAAAAGUAUUCCAGGAGGUCCUGAGAUCACACAGGAGUCCAAGUGGAGCUUCUUCAAAAGAAAACUGAAACCAAGUACAACGUUUGAAAACCCAACAUACUCAGAGAUGCAGGAAGAGCAGGUUGCUGCAGGUUCAGAGGACGGUGCCUCAGACCAGCCUGCUCCUUCUGGUCCACAGCCCAAAGCCAGCAAGCAUGAGAAGCACAGCAUGUACUCCCCUACAGAGAACACCUUCAGAGACACAGCCAGCCUGGUUAAAGAGGACAGUGACAUAUAACCCUCCCUCUCCCGUCUCUCCCACACACACACGCAGACGCACACAGAAGGGGGAAAAACAAAGACACGUUAACCCUCUUUGCAGAAAAUCUAUUUUUAUAUGCUUCCUGUGUAUAAAAAAAGAAACGUACAACUAUUUUGAAGAGAAUGCAUUUGUAUAACCCUCAGAAAAAGUGUCUAAACUAUGCCUUCUGCUGUUCUGUAUGCCAAUUUAUGUUUAAUGAUUUUUUUUUUUUUAUCAUUCUGAUGUACUAUAUGUAUAUCUUUGCACUGCUGCUGCUGAUGGUAAAUGUUAUGGAUAUGUUGUACAUUUGUAAAUUUGAAAAAUAAAUUGCUGGUAAUAUCUGGUGAUAGAAUAUUUUGCAAUAUAUUAUUCUUUUUCGUAGAUUCUUAGAAAACCAUGGUAGCGUGCAAGGCAUGCUGAGCUGUGAUUUGUUGCCAGGACCGUUUCUUUGCAUUUAAAUUUUAAUCAAUAUUUUCCACAGGAAUGAAGAACAUGUAUCUUGCAUAUUUAUAUACCUCAUCUGUGGACUGACCUCCACAUUGAAAGAGAGCACAUCACUGUUUGGUCCACUGUUCCAAUCAGUUCCUCAACUGUAUGUUUUUUCAUAUUAAAUAUAUGCAAAUAUUAAAUAAUGCUAUCAUUAAUUCAUGAACUGCAAAAGACUUAUCCCAGUACAUACAACUGCAGAUAUGAUUUUGGAUUCAAACAAAAUAAUUGAUGUUUCAUGGAGUCAAGAAGAAUCAUUAUAAAGACCUUAUAGAAUUCAGCCUGUAAAUAUCUGGCAACUGUGCUUUGUUUUCUGACAGUGAGUGCUGAAAUGUGACAAAUGUGUUCCUGUAGCAUUUGGACUGGAAUGCUAUAAUUGUAGGAGAAAGGGACUGAAAACAGUUGGAAUAUAACAAGUGAAACAGAACGUUUUUCAUCUUUGCCCAGUAUUCCAAGCACAGCAGCAGAUAUUUCAACAAAUCAUACUACAGUGGCCUAGAUCCAGAAUCUUCAGUGAUACUUGAAAUGACUCAUUGUUUAUUUGUAAAUUAAAUUCAACUGUUAUUAUUCACUUUUCAUCCUAUUUGUUGAGCUGAAUGAUUGCACUGGACAUGAUAUUUUACAGAUUUAAGUACAUAUUGAUAUUUGCUUUUUUGUCCCAGGCCAAUCAUUUUCUGCUGGCAUACAUGGAGUAGAUUAUUGAAUGAUUUUGUAUAUUAAUGAAAGGAAAAAUGAACAUAUUCUGUUCAUCAAAAGGAACUGGAAAUCUGAUAAAAAGCUGCUGAAAAUUUAAUAAAUGUAUUGUUUUAUA